UGGCGCGAGUUUUAUAUUUAUUGUGCUUUAGAUCGGCGGGAGACAGCACUUUAUUUAUCGGAGGUUUUUUUUAAAUGCGUUUUUGAAUCUGUUCUUUUAGAGAAGCUCUACUUAAUAGCUUAACAAUGGACGACUUCGGUGUUUAUGCCAUAUUUGGAGUAGAUAAACCACCACAGCAGAUUUUAAGGCGUGAAGGAUGGCAGAGCUCAAUUGAAAUCCAACCUAGUGUCCAGCUGAUGGUUCUCUUCACCAAAGGAGACUGGGGAAAGAGAGAUUCGGUCUCUGUGGAACUGGCUGAUGAGAAGAGCAUACCCAUUAAUAUGGGAAAACUAACACCAUUCAAUAAAUGUCUGUCAUGGGAAUCUGGUGAGGAUGGUGUCUGGUCCAGUGGAGCAACCUUAACUGUAAAGAUCACUGGGGGUACUACAGAGUUCUUGGAUCCGGGGCUGACUCUCUCACAGAUGGAAUGCACUCCCGAGUGCAACCCCGCAGUACCUGCAUUACGAGAGUGCCCAGGCAAGAGGAAGCGUUCUCAGGGAGAGGAGGAGGAAGUUAAUGAAGGUAGAGGCAAGGAGAACAUCUGCCCUAACGCCUCUGAAAAGGUGACCCCUCAAAGACGGAGCAAGAACAAUCAUCGUGGAGGUCAGACACGUCUCUUCUUACAAAAGGAGGAACAGACUGCAUCUUCAAGUUCUCAGAGUCAGAAAGCUAAAGGCAAGCAGGCCAAAACCCCCUCACAGACUGCUCCACUGAACAAGCCAUCAGGCCGCUGGGGUCAAACUCUGUGUCCCAUUGAUCCUCAGACAGCCAUUUUGAUUGGAGGACAAGGUGCCAGAAUGCAGUUCUGCAAAGACCCCAUUUGGAAACUGUGCACAGAGGAUUUUUCUUGGGUACCUGCUGAAACUCUUGCAGAAGGACCCACCCCUGAGGCUCGUAUUGGUCACACAGCGACCUAUGACCCAGAAUCUAAGCGUAUCUUUGUGUUUGGUGGCUCAAAGCAUAAGAAAUGGUUUAAUGAUGUUCACAUCCUAGACACACAAACAUGGCGAUGGACUUUGGUUGAGGCACAGGGCAAAGUGCCUCCUCUGGCCUACCACAGCUGCAGUAUGUUCCGAGGAGAGCUCUUUGUGUUCGGAGGAGUGUUUCCUCGCCCACACCCAGAACCAGACGGCUGCAGUGACUCCAUCUACAUCUUUAACCCUGAAAUGGCCAUCUGGUAUCAACCUAUUGUCAAUGGAGAGAAGCCUGCACCACGCUCUGGGCACUCAGCAUGUGUGAUGCAGGGCAGAAUCUUUGUGUUUGGUGGAUGGGACACCCCUGUGUGCUUCAAUGACAUGUUCAUGCUAGACCUUGGCCUGAUGGAGUUUUCUGCUUUGAAAACAAGUGGAACGGCCCCGACACCCAGAAGCUGGCAUGGCUGUGCGGUUCUUUCAGACUGCAGCUUCCUGAUCCAUGGAGGCUACAAUGGGAACAACGCAUUGAGUGAUGCAUUCGUCUUCAACACGGACACUAGAUGCUGGUCCUCUCUUUCUUUUCCCCAGCUCACUUCUGUACCUCGAGCUGGACAUUCCAUCAUUACCAUGCCUACAACAUGCAAACAGGAAUGUACAGAUGAACAAGAGGAACUUCCAAAAUCAGCCCCAGAAACACUUCUGGUUUUUGGUGGCGGUGACAACGAAGGGAGCUUCUUCUCUGACCUUUUCACUAUGCCAGUAGAGGAGUUAAGAGACUAAACAUUUGAUCAGGAUUUGGUUUUACAUGCAUUUACUUUUUUUUUCUUUUUUUUUUGGUGUGCGUGUGUGUAUCAAUCGAUGUUUGUUUAUUUAAAAAGGUAUAUUACACUUUGACUCAGGUAUUUGCAUUAUGUCCUUGUUUAUCAGUAUUCAUUUAUGCAUAGAUCUUAUAAAGUUACUUUUCAUGAUGCUGUGGAGAAUGUGCUAAGCAUUCGUGAUACAAGCCCGAUAAUAGAAAUCAUAAUCCUUGAAUGGUUAAGAAUGCGUUUCAGUUUUUCUAUAGAUCAAAGAACAAAAGUAAAAGUCUUGACACAGCUUUUUGUUUUUUAUAAGAAGCCUAGUGACCAUUACUGCCAAAUCUAACAUGCCAAGUCCAUAUGUGGUGUGUGUGCUGUAAAAUUAGUUUAUCAGAUUUGUUUAACAUCAUGACCUCAAUUCUCAUUUAAGAACUGUUAAUUUUUGCCGUUUUUCAAUCUAAUUUUGGUUUUCAAAAAGUGUCUAGUGUUAAGAUUACUCAGAAAUACUCAUUUUGCUCCAUAAAAAUUAACAGCAUUUGUUUACAUAUUAACAUAAGAAUAAGUAAACAAUGGCAGGUUUUGAAUUUUGGGUUGAACAUUCCCUUAUCUGUCAAAGAUGGAUCCA